AUGACUAUUGCUGCAUAUGCGUAUGAAACAAAUGAAGCAAGAAGAGCACAUGAACUAGUAAACGAAAACUCAACUUUAACCAUUGAAGGCAAUGAUUUAGUCAUUGACGAUGGAAAAACUAAAAAAGUCAUUGAUUUCGAUACUUUUAACACUUAUGACCCAUUCAUUACAACAAGCAAGGUUCCCAUCAUAAAUGAUGGAACGGUGCAAUAUAUAAAUUCUACAGUAGAUGCCUCAUUAGUGAAAGUACUGAAUGUUCUCAUUGAAUUGUUAAAGAGCUUUCGAUUUGACGACAACAUUAAAUGCCUAAAGAAUUUAGUCAUGAAUGAGAAACAAAUUCUCGGCGUUGCUGGUAGCAGUAAUGAUGUACACCUUAUGACAUUAGAAUAUUAUAACGAACAUAAAGAUGAACUGAAAGGAGAGAAGGGUGACACCGGACCACAAGGACCACAAGGAAUACAAGGAAUACAAGGAAUACAAGGACCUCAAGGCGAAAACGGUUUGGAUGGAAAGGAUGGAAAGGAUGGAAAAACUGCUAAAUCAUGGAUAUGGGACCUUAUAAAUACUGGUUUAACAGCUGCUUCAUAUGGAGUUCUUCAAUACCAAAUCGGAAAGAUAUGGGCAGUACUUGGUGAAGAAGCUUUAGAUGACGUUAAAAAUGCUUUGAACUUCAUUUCAAAUGGUUCGGAUACUAUUAAAACUUUAUCUGGUUGGAUGCAAGAAACAAGGAGUCAAAUAGAUACUGUAAGACGUAUAGCAAACAAUGCACGUACGGGAUUGGAUACUUUACGA